AUGUCUGGAACGACUGGAGAUGGGUCCUAUACCUCUAACGGCCCCGCGUCCUCCCCUGUUGCGGUACCUCCAAUGUUCCCUGCUGGUACCAGCAUCGAGAGGCAGCCGGGAAAUAGCUCCACGUCACCGCAGCCGUCCUGGCAAGGACCGCAGGGUGGCCAGCCAACAUCUCCGGCUCCUCUGCAAGACUCCGUUCCAAGGGGUCAGCUUGCAGGGGCGGUAGUGGGAAGCCUUCUCGGCGGUGCAGUUGCGACAAGUGCUGGUAUCAUCGCUUUCCUUGCAUGGAGAAAGCGCAAGAAGCGUCGGCACCGGCGACACUUGCGCAUUCAAAACUCAUUCCUGAUGCAGCAACCGGAGGACGACGGGAAGCCACCUCCGGGCAUCGGUUUGUCGCACAGCACUGGACACGAGCACCAAGACGCGGCAACUGGCAGCGAAAAUGCUAUGCCCAAACGGAGUAUCAUUGCUGCCGGGCCAAACCAUAUCGCCUCGCACGUGAACCUCCUCGAGGAGCAGAAGCGCUACGUGCAUGGCGAGAACGCUACGACCUCUAGCGCUACACAGCUCAGCGGCCCCAUGCAAGCAAAGAGGCAGUCCCUUCCGCGGGCCUUGAGUAGUGGCAACCCUCGCAGAACCAUCUCAAUCAGUGCGUCCGGCCUGAUCUCACCAGUGGCAGCGACCCACGCAGCAAAGGAGAAGGCUGGCAUGGGCGAAAUCGUCCGACAGCUCCGCAUGCAAGUCUCCACGCUCUUCGAACAGAUAGGGUUGCAUGUGGACAACUUCUAUCAGGACCAAAUGGCAGCUGGUAGCGGCUCCAGGCUCGAUGCAGAGCAACAGAGGCAGCUCCAGCUCUUUGAUUCUCCGUAUUUGGACGACUCCCUUGCCGGUCUACUCCCAUUCGCUCAAGACGCACGCGUGUUGUUAAAGCACAGCAUAACCGAGACUGUCGUCUCGAGACUCGACUAUAGCAGCCGCAUUGACGCCAAUGAAGCUCUGCUGCCUUCCGGCCUUCUGAACACGUACCGAUUGAUGACAGCAUCGACACUGCACGACUCAGCCACAGACGUUCAGCACUGGCGCACCCACACACUUGGUUUGCUCGGCAUCGACAGUAUUGAGAAGUCCAUGAGUUUGCAGGUGCAGAGUCUUGCUGCAGCAAUCACUGGCGCUUUCGAGCCAUGGGCAGUGAGUCGGUACGGAACCGAGGCAAAGACAAGCCACCUAGGGAAUCUCUUAAAGGAGGCCGUUGAACUAGGAUUGGAGAUCUUUGGGAUGCAAAACGCUGUCCACUGGUCGUGGGAGAUUCCUGAGGGAAGUAAAGGAGAGGUUGUCGUUUUCCCGAGCUUGCUUAUCCUGCAGGAGAGUUCUGGCAAUGCCGGAGGGAGCAAAAGAAGCAGCCGUGUUCUGGUCGGCACAGAGAUCGAAGUCGUGCAGCCGGUGCUUGGGUAUCUGAAGUUCGAGACAUAA